UGCUCAGCCACACAGCAGCAGCAGCAGCAGCAGGAGGAGGCUGUGAGUUUGGGGAGUUCCCUUACAGGUCCACCGGGAUCGUCUGCAGGAUGACCAAGCCUGCGGCGCUGCUCCGUAAGUUGAACCAGGAGACAGCCAAGGUCAUCCAGGCAGCCUUCCGGAGCGCCAAGUUCCCCAACAUCACCGGCGAGAGGUCCAUGAGGCUGCUGGGCAAGGUGGCCUACGAGCUCACCAACAUCCAGGUGGAUCAGCUGUUGCUGGAGCAGAGUGAGGUGCAGCUGAGGGAGCAGGAUGCCAUCCACAUUGCCAUCACCAACGUCUCGGCCUCCUUCCGCGGCACCCUGACCUACGGCUACGCCGGAGCCUGGUUCUUGAGGCUGUUCCAUUCAGUGGAUUUUGAGAUCGAGUCCUCCAUCGACCUCCAGAUCAACAUUGACCUCAUGUGCCAGAGGGACCAGGUGGCUGCUGAUGCCUCAGACUGCUACCUGACCUUCCACAAGCUGAUUCUGCACCUCCAAGGAGACAAGGAGCCAGGCUGGCUGAAGCAGCUCUUCACAGACUUCAUCUCCUUCACUCUGAAGUUUGUGCUCAAGAGAGAGGUCUGCUCUGAGAUCAAUUUCCUUGCCCAGAUGCUGGCCAAUUUUGUUCAUGAUUUAGCAGCAAACUUUGUCCAGGAUCAGGGCAUUGGGCUGGACAUCUCCCUGGCCUCAGCUCCUUUGGUGACAGCAACUUACCUGGAGUCCUACCACAAGGGCUCGGUGCGGUACCUGAACCACUCGGCGGCGCUGCGGGGCUCGGUGUUCUCCCCGCGGCUGCUGCCUGCCUCCCGCAUGAUCUACUUCUGGUUCUCGGAGCAGGUCCUCAGCUCCCUGGCCUCGGCUGCCUUCAUGGACCGGCGCCUGGUGGGGACCAUCCCCGGCCACAGGCUGCAGGAGCUGUUUGCAGCGGAGGAGUCGGAGGCGCAGCGCAGGGCGGUGCAGAUGCUCUUCCAGGGCACCCCCUACAAUGACUCUGUGGCCAGGAUCUGGAGCCUUGCCCAUCCCCACAUCUCCCUCCAGCCUGAGGGGACCGUGGUGAGGUCCUUGGUGGCAGUGGAGCUCAGCAUCUUUCCUGCAGGGGAGCAGCCCAGGAUGGUUCUGUACAUGGAGAAGGAGAUCACAGUCACCAUCCAGGCUGCCUAUGCAGAGAAGAAACUCCUCCUGCACCCUUCAGACCCCAGGGUGGAGUUCAAAGUCUUUCGCUGCACAGCUGACCCAAGUGGGAGUGAGCCAUCCCUGAGGGACUUCCUGCAGGUGCUGAUCUCUCGUGUUGGGAUCCCAGAGGUGACCUCAAGGUUUGCAGAGGCUUUGACCUCCCUGAUGAACAGCAAAGGGCUCCACCUGUUUGAGAUCACUAACCCUGAGAUCAUCACCAGGCAGGGCUAUGUCCUUGUCCAGCUUGACUUCAGCUUCCCCAACCACCUGCUGCUGGAUUUCCUUGAGAAGAAGUUCUAGGGCUGAUGCCUUGCUGAAGGGAAG